GGCAGCUCCUCUCACCCAGCGCCCAUGGCUUCCGCGGGGCAGAUCAUCUUCUGGAGAACAAAACGUCAGCUCCCUUGCUCACGUCCAUCUGAAAUGGCCCGUCCUGCAGCAGGUGCUGGGGAGACGCUGCAUGACCAACAGGGCUGUUGAGCCGCACUCCCCUUCCUGUGCCCCAAGGACACUCUGCUCCCUGGAGAAACACCAGGCAGGGGGCUGCUAUUAGGACUUCUCUGCCCUGCGAGAAUGUCCCAAGAAGCUCUAUGUCAGAGGAACCAGUGUGUUGCCAGCACCUUCUGUCUCUGUGCCCUGGGCUAGGUGCCUUACACAUUAUUAGCAUCAUCAUUGUUCUGGCUGCAGCAAUUGCGCUCAUCAUUGGUUUUGGUAUUUCAGGCAAACACUUUAUCACAGUCACUACCCUCACCUCAGCUGGGAACAUUGGAGAGGAUGGAAUCCUGAGCUGCACUUUUGAACCAGACAUCAAACUUUCUGAUAUUGUGAUACAGUGGCUGAAGGAAGGUGCUAUGGGCUUGGUCCAUGAGUUCAAAGGAGGCAAAGAUGACCUGUCAGACCAAGAUGAAAUGUUCAGAGGCCGGACAGCAGUGUUUGCUGACCAGGUGAUUGUCGGCAAUGCCUCUUUGAGGCUAAAAAACGUGCAACUCACAGAUGCUGGCACCUACAAAUGCUACAUCAUCACUUCUAAAGGCAAGGGGAAUGCUAACCUUGAGUAUAAAACUGGAGCCUUCAGCAUCCCAGAAGUGAAUGUGGAAUAUAAUGCCAGCUCAGAGAGCUUACGUUGUGAGGCUCCCCGAUGGUUCCCCCAGCCUACAGUCGUCUGGGCGUCCCAAGUUGACCAGGGAGCCAACUUCUCAGAAGUCUCCAACACCAGCUUUGAGCUGAACUCUGAGAAUGUGACCAUGAAGGUUGUGUCUGUACUCUACAAUGUCACAAUCAACAACACAUACUCCUGUAUGAUUGAGAACAACAUUGCCAAAGCCACGGGGGAUAUCAAAGUGACAGACUCUGAGAUUAAAAGGCGGAGUCACCUACAGCUGCUGACCUCAAAGGCCUCCCUGGGUGUCUCUUCCUUCUUUGCCAUCACCUGGGCACUCCUGCCUCUCUCCCCUCACCUGAUGCUAAAAUAAUAAGCCUUGGCCAUACAGAAACAUGCAAAGUCACCGGUACAACAGGUGAGAUGAGUCACAAAUGGUGUGGGGGAAUCCAUUCUGUGUGUGCUGGUGUUCCUAACAAGAGUCAAGCAGCCUCUAGCAUCAGCCUCAGAGAGAAACACUUAUUAACGCCAGGGCAGUUGGCACUAUUUCCACUGGCAUUGUGAAAGGUAAGCAUUUGUUAACAAAGCCUACAGACCUUCUUGACAGACUUAUAGGAAAAACAACUCUAUGCAAUUUAAAUAUUUGUGUAAAUGCAAACACCUUUCCAUUGACUGAGUCAUCCAUGAAGGCAAAAAUAUCUUAUUGAAGAGAAAUUGCUGCUUAGCCCUCUCCAGUUACUCUGGAUUUCACUGCUAUUUGUGAAGUAUCUACCACAUCAAGACUCAGUGACAUCACCACCAUGCCUCCAAGCUCACAACCUUAGAGCUAUUUUUGUCCCCUCAGUCCUUCACGUCAUUUUGUUACCAAGCCCUCCAGCACCUUCCUGUGUUGCCUCAGAUUGACCCUAAUCCAGCCUUCAUCAUCUCACACCCAGACUAGUUCUAAAACCUUGUGCUUGCUCCUUCCUCUCCCCGCUUCAGGCGACGGGAAACAAGGUGCCAGAAUAAAAUGACUCAAACACUAUUUUCACCACAGCAUCCCUUUGCUCUGGAACCUAAAGUGACUCUCUGGACACUACCGUAUCAGAGGUAAAAUCCUCUGCUGUGCAGUCACAGCUCUCUAACAGUUUCUCUCCCUGAGCUUCCUUCUUCCCUCAGCUGCCUACUACUGUUCUCUGGCCUUGCUCCCUCUCUCACUGCCCCUUCCUGGAAAUCUCCUCUACCCCAUGGCAAUUCAGAUUCACACUUCCUUCACCCAUUUCAAUAAAGUGCUUCCUAGCCUACACCCCCUUUCCUGAUGGUCCUUUCAUUUCACAUCCCCUUGGCAUGCAUGUAUAACUUAUGAUAUCUUAUAUUCUCUAAGGCACAUAUAUUCCAUUCCUAGAUUGUUCAGUCUUCAAGGGCAGGCAAAGAUCUGUUGAUCUGCUUUUCAUUCUUUCUCCUGUUCUCCAAACACUCACUACUGUGCAGCGCACAAAUAGGUUUUCUACUAAGGAAACCUGCCAGUUCCCAUCAUUUCCAACCUCAAUGGUUGUCACUGGAGGAAACUGAGGAAAUUAUCCCUUGAGCAUCUCUCAGUUCCUGUUUGCUCUGAGAGUCUACAGCCACACCACUCUGAACGUGCUGAUCUCGUCUGUUUGCUCUGAGAAUGAUCUCUUCCUUUAGGGACAGACUCAAACCAUCUCCUUUCCCCCAAAAACCCAAGGUACCAUGUGGCCUUGAUAGAGUGUCAUGAAAAUACAGGCAAACAAGUCCAUUUCUGAACAAGAGAUACACUCAUGCAGUGGCAGGGGGCUUCCAGUUCUGAACAAAUGUUUGCUGAAUGGUUGUAAUGGUAUCUUAUUGCUGUUAUUUUCAGAAUCCCAGGGAUCUAAAGAACUAUUUCACCACAAGAUAUGACCUAGUUUUAUAUUUCUGGGGGGAAAUGAAUUCAUGUCUAGAAGUCUUGAGUGAACAAGUAAGAUCAAGAAGCAAAAAGAAGCCAAAAGCAACCCACAGAAGACUCCAAUAUGAGCAAGAUAAAUACACCUUCAAAGACAUAUAUUAAAAGUUGAGAAAAGAAUUCAUCUGAACCAGAGAAGUGUGUUGAGACUGCUAAGUAAAAGGCAUGUGGAGACACGUGCACCCCCAUUUCUCAGGGACCUCCCUUACCCAUCCCCAUGCAGGGAGUGAGAGGAUGGGAUACCGCGUCUCCCUUGACUCUGAAUCUUUAGUUAUAUUGCUAUAAUGCUGCUCUGAGGAAGUUCCUAGUAAGUUCCGAUUGCAAUAUAACCAUGUUUUAUAAUUCACAGAUUAAACUGUAGUGGAUACAGUAAGAAGCUGCUAAUCAGUUGCCACUUCACAAUUCAGAGGUGGCUGCAUUUUAGUGAUGGGUCAAAUGAUUCACUUUUCAUUAUGAUUAUGAUGCUUCCAACAGUGGCCUGGCAUCUCCUACCACCUGACAAAUGCUAAAGAAAUGUGGAAAAUGAUUAUAAUUUUAAUGUAAAAAACGUAGUUAAGUGACACUGUUUAUCUAAAUUAUCUGAGCACUUCCUUUUUAAAACAAUGCCAUUUUUAUCUCUCAGACGAUGUUCAUCCUUGAAUGGUCUAGGAAAGGACCUCUCAUCUUGACUGUAUGUGGCAUUAUGUCAUCACAAGGUUUGAGGCUUCUAUUUUCUAUCCUGCAUGGACAGUGAUGACCUCAGCUUUCAACAGCAUCUAGAGCAGUGGGACUCAACCAGAGUGAUUUUGCACACCCUCCAGGGGACAUCUGGAAAUGCUUGGAGACAAUUUUAGUUGUCACACCUUGAGGGGAGUGGUGCUACUGGCGUCUAGUGGAUAGAACCCAGGGAUGCUGCUCAACAUCCUAUAAUAUACAGGACAUCCACUACAACAAAGAAUUAUCCAGCCCCAAAUGUCAAUUGUGCUGAGAUUAACAAACACUGAUGUAGAGGAGAAAAAGAACUAAAAGGAGGAGAGCAAACAAACUUGUUUGCUUCCUAAAAAUAGCCAUUAGGCUGUCUCUGGCUGCUGCCUCAGCACAGAGAGCCAGAACCCUUUCGGGCAACCAGGAAUUCCUGAUGGGAUUAUCAGCAGGUUGAGCUUCUAAGUUUCUUUCCCUGCAUUCUACUCUACAAAUCAAGUUCCAUGAGAGAGCCGCCUGAGAUCCAUCUCAAGUUCUCUCUGAAUUUUGAUCUCAGGACCCUGCCUAGUCAAAAUUCAAAUUAAGGCAACAAAAACAUGAACCUUCCUUGAAAACAAAGAGACUUCUGAAAGCAGGGGCAAGGAAGCUUUAAAACAAGGCCCUGAGGAAUGAAGCUUUGAUAGAAAAAAUACUGUUUCCAGCCUCCUUUCCACACUUUUCACGGUUGACCACUGCCUCCCUGUCACUUUGGACCUACCAUGACUAUAUUACAUUUUGUUAUAGAAAGCUUGAUUUUAGAGUUCUGACAGUUCAAGAGAAUGAUUAAAUACACAUUUCUUAUA